UAGCAUGAGAGUUACAAUCCGCAAUUGCCUUAAUGUAACUUAUAGUAAAUGUUUUUACUGUAUUUUUAAUAGCGUAAUUAAAUAUUUAAAGCAAAUGAAUCUGUUCCUAUUUGAAUCCAACAGGAAGUUAGCGGUGAAACCGGACUAACCACCGGAAGGUUCGCUUUGUAACUAAUCAUGUGAUAGAAAUUUCCUCCGGUGCGACAAUGUCGUAGGAACCAAGUCAAAAAAAUACGUGAUUCCACCCUUCUGUCUGUGUUCCUCAUGUGGACGAAAUCAGUCUCAGCAGUGAGGAGAUCGGCAGAUAUACGAGAAUGAAAGGCACCCCAAAAAGACGCAGGAGACUGCCCCAAAAAACACCAGAACCCUCCCACACAUCCACACCUUUGCACAAGGGUCGCCUGCUCAACAUUUGCGCCACAUGCUCUGAAGCAGAGGAUGGUCAAGAUAAGCCGUCAGAGGUAGAGUCACCACGCUACAUGUCAAGGUCUCAGAGCAGGAAGAGGAGCAUCGAGGUUGCCAAACCCAGACAACUUAGAAAAAGACUACCGCUGAUCCAAACCACUUGUUCUCCAGCUAAACGCCGCUGUUCCAAGAAACAGAAAAAAGGGACGGUCACUGCUUCGUCAUCUGAACCCUCACGACCAACAUUUGAACUGGAAGAAGACGAGUCUUUGCUGUCGUCAGAUCUGUCUAUUGAAAUAAGUGACCACAAGGAACAGUUGUCUCCAGUUUCUUUCCUAGAGGAUGAGGAGAGUGUUGAUGAAGAGGAGCUACCAAGUUUUUUGAUGCAGACGAGGCCGCUAUCUAUCACAGAGGGAGUGUUCGUGUGGUGUAAAUUUAGACGCUUUCCUAUAUGGCCUGCACUGGUGAAACGAGUUAAUUGUAAGGCAAAAAAGGCCAGCAUCAUUUUCAUCGAUGAUCUGAAGAUUGGACAAAAAAGAGGGGUUAUUGUGGCUCUGAAAUCCCUGAAGCCGUUUGACUGUGAAGGAGCUAAUGAGCUGGCAAGUGAAGCCAAAGAAGAAUAUGCCACUGUGAUGCAGUGGUCCUUGGAGCUGAUAAAGGACUACACAAUAUGCAUUGCUUGUGGCUCCUUUUCUGGCUCCUUCCUUGAGUACUUUGCUCACGGCAUGAGUUAUCCAGUGAGGAGAAAGUACCCAAAGGCCUCCUCGGAGCAACUAACCAUCACUAGUGAUGUGAUGAUAGAGGAAGAGAACCAGUGGAUAGAUCACAAUGAAGACUGUGAUCAGCAGGAGGAGGCCUCCUCGGAGCAACUAACCAUUGCCAGUGAUUUGAUGAUAGAGGAAGAGGGCCGCUUGGUGAAUGUCAAUGAAGAUAGUGGUCAGCAGGAGGAGGCCAACAAGUGUGUCAAGAGGCUUAUGCCAGACCGGACCCAAGCUGCCCACAACCGUGCCAACGAGAAGCUUGUGGACUUCAUCGUCAAGCAGCGCAUGGUGGAAGAACGCCUGCUGGCUGUGAUCCGAGGUAAAGCGCAAUCGAGAUGGCUCAACUACUUUCAGAACUCAAAAAGGAGAUUUAUUGGAGUGGAGACUUACCUGGAAGAUAACACGCAGUUAGACAAGAUGUACUCUUACCUGAACGAGCUCUAUAAGACUGCUGUGAGCACAGAUCCUUGCCAGACUGCAGUCCAAUACAUGGAGCGCAUACCAUUUGUUUUGGACGUACUUCUUCCUGAGGCUAUCACAUAUGCGAUUGCUGGCAUAGACAACGUCUCGAUAAAAAAGGCAGAAGAGAAAUACCUAAAAGGACGUUGUCUGAGUAACAGGGAAAGAGAAGAGUAUGAAUUGAUGAUUGAUCAGCUGCGCAUGAGGAAAUCCUAGCAUCCGAACAUGACACUUUUUCCAUUCCAACAGACGCCAGAGUGCAUGCAAUUUAAUUGAAUGAUUCAACAGCCUCAUGAACGAUGCUGAAUAAUACACAUUUCAAUUCAGAUCACUGUUUAUACUAAAUAAUGAGCUGCUUAUACUUUUUCUUUUUUUUAACCACUGCUUUGUUUUACAUGAAUUGCUCCUAUCAACUCCAGGAUUGCGCAAUAAAUGCCUUUCAUUUA